AAAAAACUCCUUAUGAAAUCGAAAAAUUCAGAGUGAAAAAUGAACAAAUCAUACGAUAAUUCAUGGAUAAACUAAAAUGUAACUGCUCACCGUGUGAAUGCGAACCAUGCGAGGACCCAUUGAAAAACAAGAAAAAGUCAAAAUGCAGUUGCAGCAAAUCGCUAAAAUCCAAAUCAGCCGGCGUAAUAUCGACACAGGAUAAAGAAAAAUGUAAUAAGAAACAACCUAACACUACAAGAAGCAGUUUAUUACCCAAGUCAAACCUAAGUUUAUUACCUAAAUCGAACAUAAGCAUAAGAAAAUCGCAAAACGGUGACAAAAAAUGCGGGGCAAAAACCCCCAAAAGAUCGUCACUGAAACCACCUUCAAGGUCAUCCCAAGUGAACAGCACCACACAGUUAGAAUUUCCAUGCAAAUGCGUAGUGUGUAAUUGUCCUGGUGACGAUGUGCAAACGAGUCCUUGCGGAACACCGGAUUGCUCGUGCCCUCUUUGCGACUGUCCAUGGAAUGAAAAUACCAUGACUGAAGAAGCAGCUGAUAAAAGUACUUGUAUAUGCUUAGAAUGUAACUGUAAAGAUUGUGUUCAUGAACGAGCUGAAAAAGACAAUAAAGCAACAUGCAUGUGCCCUGAGUGUACAUCUUCUGACUGCAAAUGUUGUUUGGAAGACAAAUCCACAGACGUUAAAAAAUGCAUUUGCGCGUCAUGCCAGAGCCCAGAUUGCGACGGCUUAGGCAAGAAACCCGAGACCCGUUGCGGCAAAAAGGAUGGUCCAAAAGACCAGUCAAACACAACUUGCCUUUGUUUGGUCUGCGAGUGCGAAGAUUGCGUUGGUAAAUCCCAACAAGUCGAUACGGCUGCAGGCGACUCGGGUUGCAUUUGCGGUGAUUGCCAAUGUCCUGGUGAUUGCGUUGGUAAAAAGUCCAGCAAACCAAUUAAUAGUAAUGGUGGUGUGAAAAACGAUAGGGGUGAAGUUGUUUGUAUCUGCCCUUCGUGUGCAUGCGCUGACUGUGUAAGAAAAAAAUCACAGCUCAUGGAAACAGAGAGUUUUCCUUGCAACUGCCAGGAGUGUCAAUGUGAGAAAUGUAUAGGUAAAAAUACCACGGAUGAGUUAUCUGAUGCAACCGCUUGCACUUGCCCUAAUUGCACAUGCGAGUCAUGCUCUCUUAAAAAGGAUAAAAAUGAAAAUAAAUGUACAUGCGAGCAAUGCAAGUGUACUGAAUGCUCACUCAAAAAUCAAGAAUACGAAAUGGAAAUAAAAUGCACAUGCAAGCCGUGUUUAUGUAAUGAAUGUUCACUCAAAAAAGAUGAUAAAGACCCUUGUAUUGAUAAAAAAGAAGCUUCAAAUGGUGGCAAACCUAAAGAUGCUUGUACGUGUGGUAAUUGCACCUGUCCGGACUGCACAUUAAAAGAAGACGAUAAAAAAGACCCUUGUGGGAGAAAAGAAGAAAAUAAAGCAAAUGGUGAUAAAAGCUCUUCAUGUAUUUGUAAAGAAUGCAAGUGUCCCGAAUGCCUGUUGAAAAAAAAGGAAGAUAAAGAUCCUUGUAUAGAUAAAAAAGAAGCUUCAAAUGGUGGCAAACCUAAAGAUCCUUGUAUAGAUAAAAAAGAAGCUUCAAAUGCUGAAAAACGUAAAGAUGCUUGUACGUGUGGUAAUUGCACUUGUCCAGACUGCACAUUAAAAAAAGACGAUAAGAAAGACCCUUGCGGGAAAAAAGAAGAAAAUAAAGCAGAUAGUGAUAAAACCGCUUCUUGUAUUUGUAAAGAAUGCAAGUGCCCAGAAUGCCUGUUAAAAAAAAAGGACGAUAAAGACCCUUGUACAGAUAAAAGAGAAGUUUUAAAUGGUGACAAACCUAAAGAUGCUUGUACGUGUGGUAAUUGCACUUGUCCAGACUGCACAUUCAAGAAAGUUGAUAAAGAAGACCCUUGUGCAAAAGUAGCAGAAACUAAAACAGAAGGUGAUAAAAGCUCUUCAUGUGUUUGUAAAGAAUGCAAGUGUCCGGAGUGCUUGCAUUCGAAAAAAGACGAUAAAAAAGACCCCUGUGAGAAAAAAGAAGAAAAUAAAGCAGAUAGUGAUAAAACCACUUCUUGUAUUUGUAAAGAAUGCAAGUGUCCAGAAUGCCUGUUGAAAAAAAAGGAUGAUAAAGAUCCUUGUCUAGAUAAAAAAGAAGCUUUAAGUGCUGAAAAACCUAAAGAUGCUUGUACGUGUGGUAAUUGCACUUGCCCAGACUGUACAUUCAAAAAAGUUGAUAAAGAAGACCCUUGUGCAAAAGUAGAAGAAACUAAAACAGAAGGUGAUAAAAGCUCUUCAUGUGUUUGUAAAGAAUGCAAGUGUCCGGAGUGCUUGCAUACGAAAAAAGACGAUAAAAAAGAUGAUUGUACAAAGCAAGAUGAAAAAAAGACAGAAAAAGAUCCAUGCGUGGAUAAAAAAGAAGAAAACCAGGAAAUAAAAUGCACCUGCGAUUGCUGUUUUUGCGUCAAAUGUACUCUAAAAGAUGAAAAACUUAAGAAAGGCGAAAGUGUAAAAAAAGACGAACCAAAAGCAGAAGGUUGUUUGUGCAAAGAUUGCAAAUGUCCAGAGUGCCCAAAUAAGAAAAAAGACGAGAAAAAAGAAGGUCCUGGAACAAAAGAUAACCCGAAAAAAAAAGGCUGCAAAUGCAAUGCGUGUAUUUGCAUUGAAUGUCCGGGAAAAAAAGCUGAUGGUGGAGAUCAAAAAGAAAAGUUAAUCUGCGAUGUUUGUAAUUGCGUCUUUUGUGAAUGCAAGGGCAAAGACUCCAAAAAGAUUGGACAUUCAAAAGUCUGCAAAUGUCCAGAAUGUAUUUGCGUGGAUUGUGAAAAUAUGGACAAAAAAGACGAGGACAAAUGUAAGGAUGGUAAAGCUGGUGGAGACGUGAAAAUUGCUACAAGUAAAGAUGUCAAUGAUGAUAAGUGUAAAUGUGGGCCAUGUAAAUGCCCAGACUGUCGAUUAAAAGCUAAAGACACUAAUAAGGAUGAUCCAUGUAAAGAUGGGGCAUCAAAAAAUGUUGUAAAAGAAGAUAAAUCCAAAGACAACUCUAAAGAUGAUCCAUGCAAAGAUAAGAAAAAAGAAGAUGAUCCAUGUAAAGGGGAUGUAAAAAAAGAUCAAUCCAAAACUUUAAAUGUCAAAUUUGUUCCUAAAUGCGAAUGCCGAGCUUGCAAAUGCGAUGGCUGCAUAUUUAAAACUCAAGACCAAAAAGGAGGAGACUCUAAAGAUCCUUGCAAGGAUUCUACGAAAUUAUCUGACCCAUCAAAUGAUUUUUGCAAAGUUUGUGCUUGCAAACUAUGUAUAUGUCCUGGAAGUAACAACAAAGCUAAAGAUAUCGAAGAUGAAAAGUGUAAAUGUGGACCAUGUAUCUGCCCAGACUGUCUUUUAAUCCACUCUACUGUUGAUACAGACAAAAAAGAUUGUUCUUGUAAGGGUAAGAAACGCGAAUCAAAAGCCAAUUUAGAAGACAAGAAAAACGAUUUUUGCUCAAUAUGCGCCUGCAAAAUAUGCAUAUGUCCCGGUAGUAAAAACAAACCUAAAGAUGUACACCCCGAGGGUUGUAAAUGCCUUACAUGUCUUUGUAAAGAGUGCGAAUUUAAAACUGAAGAUAACAAAGAAUUGAAAGUUCUUUUCUCAAACAAUGCAGCACAGUCGGACAUUGACAAAUGCGAAUGUUUUAUAUGCACGGCAAAAUCUAAAGUCUCUCAAAACGUCUCGCUAAAUAAAAGCAUGAACACCAUAGAAUGUAAGGAUGCAGUAGUGUCGGCUUUUGAGAUUCCAAUCGCUAUACCUUGUGAUUGUAAGACAGUUGGUAGUCAAGGUGAUCCCUGCAAGGAGGUUCAAACCAAAUCCUCGACUACAGUGAAAGAAAACAAAAAAGAUCCUUGUGGCGAUGCAAAGGAAAUAAAACAUGAUCCCUGUAAAGAUAAGAGUCAACAAUUGCAAAGAAUAGAAGAGAAUAUAAAUCUGUUUGAAGUCCCCGUAGCUCAACCAUGCGAUUGUGAUAAAUGUGGCUGCGAAAUAUGCACCGCCAAAAGAACAGAAAGCAAAAAAGAGAAUGGUAAAAGAAAAGACAUGAAAGAUGAAUGUGUAGAUGCUAGGAAUCAAACUGCUGCUUUUGAAGUUCCCGUUGCUCAACCAUGCAAUUGUGAUACAUGUGGCUGCGAUAAAUGCACUGCCCAGAGAAAAGAAGAUAGCAAAAGCACAGAUAAAUGUGAAGAGGCUAAAACUAUACCACCUAUAUUUGGUCCCACCAAUUGCUCUUGUGAUACAUGUACAGCGAAGAAUGAAGAUGAUAGAAAUAAAAAAACCUCGUCGUUGGUGCAGCUACAUAAAAGAAACUCCUGCGUCAUAGAAGUGUGUGAUUGCGAUGACUGCGAACAAAAGGAUAAAGUGAAAAAGAAAAAGUCUAAAAAACGUAAGCCGGAAAAAAGCGAUUCAAUGAAUUUCACCAAAAUGGACGAUGCCACUUUAAAGAAAGAGAUCGAAAAAAGUAUCGAAGAAAAGUGUAACUGCAGGGACGAAAUACUACGUUUGGAAAAAAUCAUCGACGAUUUGAUAUCCAUGUGCCAGAAAAACUCGCCUGCAGAGGCCACGAUGUCCAAACUCAAAGUGAAUCUGGGCAACCUUAAGGAAGAGUGCAAUAAAAAAGACCAAAUGAUAGAGAUAAUGACGGGAGAGUUAAAAACGCGCGAUGGCGAUAGUUUUCUCUAUAAACUCAUGGGAGACGGCACCGAUACCACCAAUGAAUCGACUUCCAGUGCCACAGAAGAAUGCAAAAAAAUUAAUAAAAACAAGCUCGACUUGUCAGGGUUUGAAAUUUUGGAUGCAAGACGGUGUGGCCAGGAUAGUCUAAUAGUUACGUGGUCAGUGCCGCGCACAGAGAAAGUUAUCGGGUACGAAGUGUACGCCAAUGAUGAGUUGAAGGAGCGUUUAAAGUGCAGGGAACGUACCACGGUUAUGUUGCAUAAUGUGGAUCUCAAAAACGAUGUUGAAAUCGCUCUUUAUGCUGUUACUGCGGAAGGGAAAGCUUCACCGCCCGCUCAAGCACUGUACAAAACUUGUCGUCGUUAAAUAAAAGAUAUAAAAUAUAGUAUUAAGAAUUUUAUUGUACAAAAAAUGCUAAAAAUCGUCCAUUCCACAGUUGCACGGAUCCACCUCUUGCUUUUUUUCGUCCAUUGUAAACACGGUAUUGUAGGAAGUUUUCAGAAAGUUGACAUGUCCUUGCAAGUUCCUUAUCCUCAUUUGAGCAUCCUCAAAGUUCUCGUUGAGGUUAUUUAUCUGAGCUUGCAUCUUCUGACGAAUCUCGUCCCUAUCUUUCUGCGCUGUCCUUGCAGUUGCUCUACUUUGAGCCAACUGCCUCUCCAAAUCCGAGAUUUGGUUCUGCAUGGACCUUCGCACGGUCUCGCAUCUGUCCUUGGUUCUGGCCACUUGUCUGGCGGAUUCCUCUCUAACGCUCUCCAGUUGCGCUUGAAGCUGCGCGAUCUCGUGCAGCUUCGACUGCGCCAGCUUGUCCUUCUCUUCGGCGAGCUCCUUCAUUUCCGUCAAACUUACUCUGCAACACGCCAAUUCCGUCUUCAAAUCUUCCAGCUCCUUCCUCAGACGCGCCGUAUUUUCGGCCAUCUCUUCCGAAUCAUCGGAGCCUUUCAGUUCGUUUAGUUCUUUGGUUAUUUCAGCUAUUUUAUCCU